AUGGUCAAGGACCUGCAAAAAUUGAGCAAACCUGUGCUUCACUCCAUGUGUUGGGAGCUACAAAUCUGUUUCAGUGGCAAGAAAGGUAGGCUCAUUAAACAACUAAUCAGUUUUAGAAAUCAGAUGGACUGGGACAAAGAAGUGGAUAUGACCCAUGUGGCUUCCGACUCUGGCACACCCACUGCAACCACCAAUGAACCAAAUGCUUUAUUGCAAGAGAGAAAAGGCUUUGAAUCUGCUGCACAAAACUCCCAGUUGCUUGACUUUAAUGCACCUCAAGAAAGCCAUGCUGGUGUUCCUGUGUUCCCUGAAACUUCCCAUUCCAUCUGUAUCUGGGAAGCCACCCAGUGUGGAAGAUGCAAGCAAAUAGAUGCUGCAAAUCCAACUGAAUUGGGCUCUAUGGAUUGCAUUCAACCUCAAAUGGAGAUCCCACAUGAUAAUGGACCUGAGGAAGCACUAGCAGUGUUGGAGACCAUGACAGGCAUGAAACUUGGCAAGAGUGAGAGUGCCUGCAAAACAAGUGAUCAUCCAUCUUAUGAUGGACUUUCUAAGUUCAAAUUGGCCAGGAUGUUGGACAAUUGGACAGGCAUUGUGGACAAGGAUGGUCAUUUGGUGGAGACACAUGCAUUGAAGGCAAGCAAGCACCAGCAACAAAGGAAAGCUAAGAAGAUGAGAGUACUUGGCCACACCACCCUGGCCUCCAUUUGGGAGGAUAUGGAUGGCUUAUCUCUCCCUUCCUGGGUCACCCCUGUGUCAUGA